AUGCCCACGGAGAGAACACACGAGAGUGAAGAUUUGGAGGGAAGAAGAGUCCUGCACCGCCCGGUGAGCCCCUCCGUCGCUGCCGCUCACCUCCGUCGCCGGUCUCAUCUCCAUCGCCGGCGAACAGUUUAGUACCGCCACUGCCGACUGCCACCGCCACCGCCCCUGCAAACAGCCAAACACAGGAUUGCUUUAUUUUGUGGAGUUGCGGAGAAAUUAUCUUCAGUAUUUGUGCUGUGUUAGGGUUCACAGAAGAAGCAAAAUAGAUACGCAGUAUUCCCCAAGCUGCAUACAAGCAGAACCGUUCAUCUACAACAAUACAAUACACUGUGCACCAUCAUAUGGUUAAGCAAACAUCAGGGGCAUUAUUUGAAGGGAAUUCAGGCUGCGGAACACCAGGGGACAAAUCAACUUCUGCCCUAAUUUCCAGAUCCCCGUUUCCUUCUUUUGGCUGAGCAAACAGCAGGGGAAAAAUCGAGAAUGGCUCGAAGGGAAUUCAGGCCGCUGAAUACCAUCUCUGAAUUCCAAUGGUUUGUGUCGUUCUUCGCAUUCUGCAGUGGCAUUGAUUUAUUCUGGUUGGUGGCUCCUUGAUCUCCUGUGAACUCCAGAGCUUUCAGUAUCAAAGGAAAAAGGUCCUACAGCUGUGUUUGGGUUUUUGCUUAGGAGCUAUGGUUAGAUGCAUGAGAGGAUGUGAAAGAGGCAAUCAAGCCCGACAAACAAAAUUGGUUGAGAUUCAGCAUAUGAUUGAUUAAUCCUCUCAGGUUAUGCAAGCUUUACAUUGCCAAUGACAUUUGGGAGCCUGUGUGGAGAAUCCAAAAGUGGAAGGCAAAGAAAUACAAGAGAGAUUGCAAUCAGGAGUCAAGAAGUGAACAAGAUGCAAUGGGAGGUUCUAGUGGGCCAAAGCUUUCUGGAAUGCAGAAGCAAGUGCUUGGUCUAUACAGAGGGUUUUUGCGAGCAGCGCGUGCCAAAUCCCCUGAAGAUCGAUCCCGAAUUGAAUCAAUCGUGUCAGCUGAGUUCCGUCGCAAUUCGAAAAUAGUAGACCGCAAGAAUUUCACCUACAUCGAGUACUUGCUUCGGCUUGGUAAGAAACAGCUUGAGCAGCUUCAGAGCCCGGAUACCAUUGGAUUGUCACACUUGAAUGUAGAACUCUCCCACACUAAGAAGUCCUAAUCCCACACUAAGAACUCUUGUACCUUACCUUAGGAUGUAUCCUAAAGUUUUGUCAUCCUCUGGUCUCUGACCGAAUGUUUUUUUGAUUACUCAAAACUCAUGCUUCUCCAACUCCAAAAUUCAAAAUAAAUGUUUUAUAUGAGAGCUGCAA